AUGGUGAAUGCAGUUAGCGAGCAUACUUCAACUAUGCCUGAGAAAGUUGAUGUUCUGAUUCCCAUCUGUCAUGAUGAUGAUGAUGAUAAUGAUGAUCCUAAGGUUGAUAAGGAGUACAAGUCGUUUUUGGAUCGUCUUGGUAAUGGUAACAGUUUAGGCAUUCCCUUCGAAGAUGACAAUGGAGAAUGUGAAACUCGUAAUUCUAAAUUCGGCAUGUUUUCUGGUGAUUCAAAAAGAUCGAGCCUUGGUAAUGAGACACCAGUCAACAACAGAGUUUCUCAAGAGAGAAAGAGGAAGAGUGUUGUGGUUGAGGCUGAGGUUUCAAGAGCUUUUCCAUUCUCUACAAUCAGAGAAAGCAUUCACAGAGACAACAGAGUUGCUGAACGAAGAAAGAGGAAGAUGGAUGAGUUUGAGGCUGAAAAGGUUUCAAGGGCUGUUCCGUCGGUUAGAAACCAACAAAACAGUGAACGAGACAACAAAGCUGGGAAAACGUCAGAGCCAGAGGUUGAGACUGUAUGGGAUGAUCCGUUGGUUAGAAUCAUACAAGACAUCCAACGAGGUAUCGAAGCUAGGAAAUUGUCAGAGUCAAAGGUUGAGACUUUAUGGGAUGUUCCGUUGGUUGUAGCCAAAGAAGACAUCCAGCGAGACUGCGGAGCUAGGAGAAUGUCAGAGUCAAAGGUUGAUACUUUAUGGGAUGUUCCGUUGGUUGUAGCCAAAGAAGACAUCAAGCGAGACUGCAGAGCUAGGAGAAUGUCAGAGUCAAAGGUUGAUACUUUAUGGGAUGUUCCGUUGGUUGUUGCCAAAGAAGCCACCUUGGGAGACCAAAGGAUUGAUGAACGAGGAAAGAAGAAAACGGAAGAAACUCAGGCUGCAAAGACUUCAAGGGUUGUUCCUGUGGAUCAAGUUACAGAGACGAAUGCUGUAGAUGAGACUUCAAGGUUUGUUCCGGUGACCCAAGAUUUUGAAGGGACAAGAAAGAAGAAUGAGGAAAAGAGUAGUGCAGCGGUUGUGGAUAAGGAUUACAUGAGCUACCUCACAUGGCUUGUAGACUCUCACAAAGAUUCUACAGCUGAGCCUGGUCCGUCUAAUCUCGAUCCUCCAGUUUUGGAAACUCGAAGAGACUCCACAGUCGUCCCCGAGAAGGAUCUAUUAGCAAAAGUGAAGAUUGAGCAACAUCUCAAGUCUUGGUAUGAUGAUGAUGAUGAUAUAAUUGCGGUUAGUGAUACCCCGUUUUCGGAUGGAGAAGGUACACCUUUUGUGGUGUCCAGGAGCAGGAUCGUGAUUGAUCUCGAGCAAGAAAGUACAGAGGAUGAAAGUAGUAAUACUUGUUUUAAGAAGAAGCUGAUGGAAGUCCUGGAGAAACCAUACGAUAAAAGAGAGUUGUCGAGGCUCUCUCGUGAGGUAUCAAUCAAAAAACGAGUGACUCGAUGGAGAGAACUGCGCAAGGGAAGAGAAGGCUAUUAUGAGACUGAUGAUUUGGGACCCUCUUAUCUCGAGAAGGUGUCUGAUUUCGAUGAAGAAUACAAGCGUGUGGAUGGUGAUGAUAAGGCAAGAUUGAAGUUGCUGCGUGGUUUUUUCUUUUACUUGCAAAAUGUUUCUCAGGUUGGUGCUUUCAAGCCUUGGUUACCAGAAAACCAAAGUAAGCUCCGAUGA